AUGAUGAACAAGACUAUAGUUUUCUUAUUGACAGUAGGUGGCUUGACCUUGAGCCACGGUGCAGAGUUGUCAGCAGCCACUUACACGGCAACAUCAUCGGUCUUGGCGGCGUCACCCACCGCGAGCUUGGACUAUGCCCAGUAUGAAGGGAGUAGAUAUGCCGCUGGUGUGGAUGCCUUUUUGGGCAUGCGCUUUGCCGCUCCGCCCGUGGGCGACUUGCGGUUCCGGGCGCCACAAGAUCCCUUGGUCGAGGCUGACGGCCAAGAAGCCAAAGAGUUUGGUCCGAUUUGUUUAGGAACCGACCAAAGCCUUUCUUCCUCCGUGGCCGAGGAUUGCCUCUUUGUCAAUGUCUUCAAGCCGUCGAAUGCUACCACUAAGUCAAAACUCCCUGUUUGGGUGUAUAUUCAGGGCGGUGGAUAUGCGACCAACUCAAACUCCAAUUAUAAUGGGAGCGAGGUUGUACAAAAGUCGGAUUACGGCAUCGUCUUUGUCAAUUUCAACUACCGAGUAGGCCUCUUUGGCUUCCUGGCAAGCGAGGAUGUGAGGCAAAAUGGUGACUUGAACGUCGGUCUGCUUGACCAAAGAAAGUUGCUAUACUGGGUACAAAAGUAUAUUCAACAGUUUGGUGGCGAUCCAGAUCAUGUAGUCAUCCACGGGACGUCGGCUGGUGGUGGUUCCAUUUCGUAUCACCUUACAGCAUAUGGUGGUCGUGAUGACCACCUCUUUGUCGGUGCAAUCGCGCAAUCACCAUUUUGGCCCACCGCCCCUCAGCCAGAGGAGAUGGAGUUCCAGUACGAGCAGCUUCUAAAUGAGACGGGCUGCCUCGCGUCCGAUGACUCCCUGGCUUGUCUACGCUCCCUCGAUACUAGCUCCUUUGUGCCGUUUGAUGUCGAGGGCACAUUUCCUGGCGCCUCGUCCGUGGCCCGGUGGUAUUGGCUACCCGUCAAAGACGGCGACCUCAUUCGCGACGACAAGUGGAACAUGUACGACAGAGGAGAGUUUAUCAAGCUUCCCUUGCUGGUGGCGACCGACAACAAUGAGGGCUCGUACUUUGUACCAAAUGCCAGCACGAGCUCAAAUGUGACGGCAUUUUUCAAAGAUAAUUACCCAAAACUCAAUGACACAGAACUACAAGACAUCCUCGAUGCGUAUCCGCUUAUGUCGCCUCUACCCAAACACGCCGUCUGGUUCCCCUCGGUUUCGGCGGCUUAUGGCGACGCAACCUUUCUCUGUCCUGCCAAUUCAAUGGCGGAGAACAUGGCGAGCUAUUUCUCCCCAGAUGAGGUGUGGCAGUAUCGUUGUUACAUCACUACUGCUUCAAAUGUAGCCAAUGGCCUCGGCACGCCUCACACCAUGGAGAUGCCAGCAAUUCUAGGUACGAGUCUACAGAGUUCGGUGGACAGCACAUGGUUUAACGAGAACGCGGCGAGUGUGCCUGUCAUAAUGCACUAUUAUAUCAGCUUCAUCAAAGCGCUUGACCCGAAUAUAUAUCGAUACAAGACUGCGCCUUUCUGGGAGUCUUGGGGAUCGGACGCGGGCCGGAGGUUGCAUCUCGAGACUAAUGCGACCUGUAUGGAGAGUGUUCCGCAGAGUAUGACCGACGACUGUUCCUUUUGGGAUGAACUUUCAGACAGCAUGGAGGUUUGA